AAAAAAGAAACAGUCGGCCACGCUUGCUACAGAGAUCAUUUCACUUUUCGGGGGCUAAUUUUCCCCCUUUACGUUUAGUUCCAAUAUUACUGUUUGUACCUCAAUACCAGAGUAAAUCUUUGAAUCCUAAAUCGUAAUUUGAAAUGGCAGACUUAGACGAUUUUUUUGCGAAGAAGGACCGCAAAAAGUCCAAGGCGAUUAAGAAGUUUGCGACGGCUGAUGAGUUAGCCAAAAAAUUGGAUGACCCCAAACAGAAAUCAGAUGUAAGGCCGAAGAAAGAACGGCCGGUCCAGGAAGGAGAAGAAGGAGGAAGAGCUGGGGAGGAGGAAGAAUGGAAGGAGUAUGAGGAGCCAGUCAAGGAUUACACCGGGCUCAAGAUCCAGGUGCUGCAGGGCGGCAAUGGACAGCCGGAGUCCGGUCGUGACUCCGCCUCUGAAGAUGUAGCGCCUGAAGGCGGCAAAGUGAAGGGACCAUGGAAUAAGCCACAACAGCCGGAAACAGAAACGCCUGCGCCCCCUGCGCCCGGGGACGAGCCGAAGCCACGCGAGACCAAGGUCUACGUGCCGCCGUCCCGCCAGCGCCCCGUCGAGAACGUGCGCAGGAGUACGAAGCACGCGCCGGACAUCCACAACGACGACUACUUCCCGGUGCUGGGCGCGAGCAGCAAGCGCGGCGGGGGCGGCUGGAGCACGGCGGGCGCCGGCGCCGCGCGCGACCCCCGCGACCACGCCGCGCCCCGACACCAGCUCGCGCUCGGGAACCGGUUCACCUCGCUGCAGGACGACAGCUAGCCAGGUAACAAAAACCCACAACGUGAUACGCUGCAGUAAAGUGAAGUGUCAUUAUGGACUUGUAAGCAAAGCCUGGCGCAUAGCAUAUACAAUAUUUACCACAACACACACUCAUACAGAAAGAACAAUAUGCAUUUCUACUUAGCCCCAUGCAGGAGCCCACUUAAAUGGCGGCCAGACAGUUGCUAGCAAAGAGACUGUUCUAAAUUUAAAUUCUUUUUACUUCUCUUCAGUGCUGUUAUUCGUUAAGCCAGUAACAAAUCGAUUAGUUUACAAUCGAUACAAUAUUUCGACGUCGUCCCUUUCGUAUGAAUUGUAGACAAUAAAUUGUAACGCCUCAAGUGCUUUCGGUACAUUACUUAUGUAAGAAACACACGUUUUACGUACACUUUUUACAAUACAACAUGGCAACUGUCUUAAAAAAAGUGUAAAACAAGAAAUGAAUGUGCGA